AUGGAAGAGGCGUUCCACACAUUCGGCUUCUAUGUUCCGAUUCUCGCCUUCAAAAUUCUCAUCAUGUCUCCUCUGACUUCACGAGCUCGAUACCGAGAAGGUUCUCUCCGAUCGCCCGAAGACGCGAAAUUCCGUCUUGGAACAACUGAAGCUGCCAAAGUCAAGCUUGCGCUAGAAGAUAAUCCAGAAGUGGAAAGAAUCAGAAGAGCGCACAGAAAUGACUUGGAAGCCGUUGUAAACUUUUUGCUCGCGAUGGUCUUUUUCAUCGUCAGUGGGGCGGAAGCCGGAACUGUUCGGAAUACGAUGUUGUUGUAUACAGUCGCUCGCUGCCUUCACACUGUUUUCUACAUCAGAGCGACUCCUCAACCUUCCAGAGCACUAUUAAUUCCUCACAUGUUAAUUUUCUAUAGAAUGAGCGCUCCGAUCGGCCCAAACCCGAUGAAAAGGGGUAAUUGGACGAUUGACUCAAACAGCUCGAGCAUCAUGGGCCAGGCUGAUCUGGAAACAUUAGAACAAGACAUCGGUCUCAUGUCAACGCCGGACAUGGUCUACGAUAAAAACUUCCUUGAGUUUGCAUAUGGCGAUAAGUUCAAGCUACUGUUUACUGUCAAAGAAGCACUGAAGACUGUUGAAAAGGAUAAAUGCCCCGAUGUCGAGGUUGCUGCUGCUGCUAAUUGGAAAGACAUUCAAAAAGAACGACCUACGAAGCGAGUGUAUGACUGGACGUACAAAACUCGCUAUCUUGGAACCAGGGUGGCUAUUUUGGAUUUGGGGAAAAGGGAGCCGAUCGAGUACUACCGCGACAUUCGUCUUUUCGACGAUGAACUGGAUGACAAUGGCAUGGCAACGCUGCAUGUAAAGACGAGAGUCAUGCCUUCUUGUUUUCUAGUGCUGAUGAGAUAUUACCUCAGAGUCGAUAGAGUGAAAGUGAAACUAAAUGACUGUCGAGUUUUCCACAAGUUCGGUUCGAAUGAGAUCAUCCGGGAAUACACAGAAAAAUCCGGCGAAUGGGGCUACCUAACAACUACCUGUCGAGUCCCAAUGAAUCACCUGACAACUCCAGAAGCUGUUGAUAAAAUGCUUCGGUCAAAUGCACCUUCUGUUUUGAAUCGAAAACGAAAUGAUGAACCGCCGAGUGAAAGUUCUGUCUCCAACAGGACGAAGAAAAGACGAGUUGACUACCGCGAAAUGGACGAAAACGAGGAAAACGAAGGGCUAGAUGAUGUCGUCAAGGAUUAUAACGAAGAGUUGAAAAGCGCUGGCGUCUCGGGAUUCCACGAAAUCAAGACGAACAAAAGCAUCAGGGACGUGCACGAAGAAUUCAUCAAAAGUUGCCUUUCUCGUCCUUUCAAAAUGGUGAUCGCCGGCUACUACUUCAGUGGGAAACCGUUGGGCGCACGAGCUGGCGGCAUUCGAAGGCCACUUUACGACCCUGAAGACCCGCAUGCGCUCAUUUUCUACGCACCGCCGACUUUGACUGAAACAGAGAAGCUCAAGGUCGACCUGAGCAAAUAUCCCGUUCAUGUGCUCCUUGACCCAUUAUUAUCACGCGUUCUCAGACCUCAUCAACGCGCGGGAGUCAAGUUUUUGUACGAUUGCGUCACUGGAAAAGCCAUUGAGGGAUUUAAUGGGUGCAUAAUGGCCGAUGAUAUGGGACUUGGAAAGACUCUUCAGUGCGUCUCAUUAAUUUGGACUUUGGUGCGGCAAGGGCCCGACUGCAAACCAAUUGCUCCUCUCGCAAUCGUUGUUUCCCCCAGUUCGCUUGUCAAAAAUUGGCAAAAUGAGUUCAAGAAAUGGCUUGGCGAACGCGUCAAUACAGUCGCCAUCGACGGUGGCGGGAAAAAGGAUAUCGACAAAAAACUCGAAGCUUUCUGUUCUCAGCAAGUUCUCGGCCGAGUUCAUACGCCAGUCAUGUUCAUUUCCUACGAGACAUUUCGUCUCCACGCCAAAGUGAUCAACAAGCGCCCAAUCGGGCUGUUAAUUUGCGACGAAGGGCAUCGCCUAAAGAAUCCAGAGAGUCAAACUUACCUCGCCCUCGAUCAGUUGGACUGCCAGCGUCGCGUUCUUCUCUCCGGAACGCCGAUUCAAAAUGAUUUGCUCGAGUACUACUCUCUUGUUCACUUUGUGAAUAGAAAUCUUCUUGGGACUUCUGCUGAGUUUAGAAAACAAUACGAAAAUCCAAUUUUAAAGUCUCGAGAUGCCGAUUGCACCGACAAGGAGAAGGAAAAAGGUCAACAGAAGAUCAAACAGCUGCUAGAAGUGGUGAAUAGAUGCAUGAUAAGAAGAACGAAUGAUAUAUUGUCGAAAUAUCUCCCGCCGAAAGUGGAGAUGGUCAUUACGAUUCCUCUCAUUGGGGGCCAAAAAGAAAGUUACAUCAAAUUUGUCAAGGAGAAAAAGAGGCUUUUAGAUACUGAAGGAAUGCAAGGCCCAUCAUCGUUACAGGCAAUUACUGCGUUGAAAAAGCUCUGUAAUCAUCCUGCUCUCGUUUACCCACUCAUCAAUAAUCCAGAAUACAAAUUCUUGCAGCCAUACUACAAAGAUUAUGAUCCAGCUAAAUUCGAUCCAACUCUUUCCGGAAAGUUUCUUCUCCUCGAUUUGAUUUUGGCGGUGACCAAAAUGCACACUGAUGAUAAAUUCGUCCUCGUUUCGAAUUAUACCCAGACUUUGGAUACUUGUCAAGAGCUUUGUAAGCUGCGAGGAUAUGGUUAUGUAAGGCUGGAUGGAACCAUGGCAAUAAAAAAGCGUUCCAAGCUAGUUGCUGAGUUUAAUUCUCCCGAGAGCAGCGACUACGUGUUCAUGCUAAGUUCAAAAGCAGGCGGUUGCGGGUUGAAUCUCAUCGGCGCCAAUAGAUUGAUUAUGUUUGAUCCUGACUGGAACCCGGCAAACGACGAUCAAGCGAUGGCCCGUGUCUGGCGAGAUGGUCAGAAAAAGAGAUGUUUUAUUUAUCGACUUGUUGCGGCGGGAACGAUUGAAGAGAAAAUGCUACAACGACAAUUGCAUAAAAAGGCUCUAUCGGGAGUCGUUGUUGAUGCACAGGAAGCGGACGAUGCGAGGCGAUUCUCUUCGACGGAUAUGAAGGAAAUCUUCAGCUAUAAAGAGACCACAUCUUCGAUUCACGAGUCUCUCAAAUGUAAAAGAUGCCAGGGCGGAACAGAACGAAAGCCGCCACCGAAAAAGGGAUCUGGUGAUAGUUCCGAUUUGGGCACUUGGAGUCAUGCAACUCAGCCACGAUUCUGUCCAGACUUAGUGCUGAAGAAAUCUUGGGAGCGUCAGAAAGAAAUCGUUUCUUUUCUAUUUCACCAACAGAGCCACGAACAACAUAAAUUAGUCACCUCGCUCACACAUCUUCAAGAGGCCCUUUCUCAUGUCCAUUAUGAACAGGCAAAAACCUCUUUGGUGCACUUUCACGUGGAAAAGUCCAACCGCGAUCUACGCCGAGCAAUGACCCAACAAUUCGAGUACAUGCGCGAUUUGACCAUGUCCUCCCGCAGCCGUUUCAUUCGUCUCAAAGGUCUUGCCGAAGAGGUGAACGAAACGAAUAUCGUCCUCGAGGAGCGGUUGAUUGAACUCUUUCAAUACCUCGGCGAGGAUCUGAUCAAAGGAGAUAUUGAAAGAGUCAAUCGAAUUGGCAAGAAAAAGGACGGAUUCAAUCGGGUUGUUAUGGCGGAGCUGCAUUCGCAUGCGACAAAGCAACGACUUUUACGAAGAGCUGUCAAGUUGAGAAACACGCAGUACGCCAUUCAAGAUGAUCUGACGAAUGUGAAGCUCCACAACGUGAUUGAGCCCCCGCACGACCACGAGGAUCAUCCACACGAGUGCGGGCUCUUAAAUUUCGUCUCGGCUCCUGAGGACUUCGGAAAGUCACUGAAACACUACGGCGCAUGGUUCGGCGAUCCACUUUCUGAGGAAGAGACUGUCUGGACGAUGCCCAAUUUUUACAAAACGAAAGAGUUUCAAGAGUACGCCUCGUUAUCCGAUUUGAUUGCUCACCGCAGUUCACGGGCUUACAAGCUCAAAUAUCCGUGGGCAGGGACCGGACACAUCGCUUACAACAACUCCAUUUAUUUCAACAAAUUCAACUCUUCCACCAUGGUCAAGUACGAUCUCAAAACAGACGAUUAUUUGGAAGCAGAUUUGCCAGAUGCGCUUUUUGCUAAUUUUGGGCCGUAUCAAGUCAGUGCUUAUACUGAUUUUGACUUCGCUGCUGAUGAAGAGGGAUUGUGGGUGAUCCAUUCGACGCACCAAAAUACCCUUGACAUUGUUGUUACCAAGCUUACUCAUGACCUGCACAUCGUUCAAUCUUUCCGAACGAACUGGCGAAAGCAGUGGUCGGGCAACGCGUUUAUGGCAUGUGGCGUCCUCUACGUCCUGAAAAAGUACGAUCAAAAGAACACGAUCAUAAACUUCGCGUACGACACCCAUUCAAAACAGUAUCGCCAUUUGCAAAUACCCUUCGAAAUUCGUUACGGCGCCAUGACUAGUUUGAGCUACAAUCACAAAGAGAAACGACUCUACGGCUGGGACAAUCAGCACUUGGUUGCCUAUGAUCUCGAGUUUUUCUCUUCUACUGCUGUUGAUACCUGGAUGCACCUCAAUCAGCCGGGUGCACUGGACUUGUAG